AUGGGUUCUCCAAAAUCUAUCAAGUCUACUUGGCCGCUCAGCAACAAGGCAGACUGGAAAUUAAGCCAGCAGAUCAUCCACUUACUCGACGUUUAUCCUGUCAAACCAGGCAAAGAAGUGCCUGUACAUCCGAAAACCGACAAACUGCCCUACUUCGCUGAAUGGCAGGGCCACGUCUGGGUCAUGUUGCACGCCCUUGCUCCUAUCACGAUCCACCAGGCACUCCUUGCAGUCACCCACGAGCAGGGCCUUCACCCGAUCAUAGUCUUCGUCCUCUACUUUGUCACAUUCAGCUGGACGGUCGUGCGUCAGGUCAGAGCUGCCCAGAAGCUCGGCCAUGAGUAUGGGUUCCUCGAUGGAGAUGUUCACGAAAGAGACGGGAUCCCUGAUAUUGGAGUUGAUAAGGUGGUUGCAUCCCUGUAUAAAACAACUGGAUCUCGGAUCUUCUUGGCCACGCAUAUCAGUUACAAAGUCAACCAGUCUCCUAUUUCAGUCAUGAGCGAUCCGUACUGGUGGGCAAUGUUAUGGCUUCAAAUUGGACUCUACGGCGUUAUUCUCGACUUUUGGUUCUACGUAUAUCAUCGCGCUAUGCACGACAUCGACUUCCUCUGGAAGUACCACCGAACUCACCAUCUCACCAAGCACCCAAAUACUCUACUAUCCGCAUUCGCCGACCACGAGCAGGAGUUCUUCGACAUGGUUGGCAUACCUUUCAUGACCUGGGCAACCUUCCAAGUCUUUGGCAUUCCCCUAGGCUUCUACGAAUGGUGGAUCUGCCACCAGUAUAUUGCCUUUACCGAAGUCCUUGGCCACAGCGGUCUCCGCGUCUACGGCAUGCCACCUUCAACAUUCUCUUGGAUACUGAGCCUACUUGGUCUUGAGCUGGUGAUUGAGGACCACGACUUGCAUCACCGCAAGGGAUAUAGAAAGAGCCACAACUAUGGCAAGCAGACUAGGGUAUGGGAUCGUUUGUUUGGAACAUGUCAUGAAAGAAUUGAAGCGACCAAGGACAAUAUUGAUUGGAAUGAAUCCGUGUAUUUCCCUAUUUUCUAG